AUGGACUCGUUCCGCUUCGGGCACGCCAAGCACUCGGAGUCUCGGGUGGUUUACGUCACCGCGGAUGCCAGCGCGCACGGCCCCAACGCGGGGUUCCGGUUCAAGGGCAACGCCAUCUCCACCGGCAAGUACUCGCCCAUCACCUUCUUCCCAAAGGGCCUGUACGAACAGUUCCGGCGGAUCGCCAACCUUUACUUCCUCUCCGUCGCGAUCAUCUCGCUCUUCGAAGCCAUCUCCCCGAUCAAGCCGUACACCAUCUGGUCGCCGCUCGUGCUGGUCGUCGGGCUGUCCAUGGCGAAGGAGGCUGUGGAGGAUUACGCCAGGCACAAGCAGGACCACGAGCAGAACACGUCGCUGACGGAGCGUUUCAACGGCACCUCGCUGGUGCAGUGCGAGUGGCGGGAGGUGAAGACGGGGGAUUUGGUGCGGGUCGUGCGGGACCAGGCGUUCCCGUGCGAUCUGGUGCUCCUCGCGUCCAGCCUGGACGACAGUGUGUGCUACGUCGAGACCAAAAACUUGGACGGCGAGACCAACCUGAAGAUCAAGAGGGGCGUCGAGGGCAUGGGAGGCGUGGGCACCGGCCCAACGAAGAUGCGCGAGCUGUGCGGCGACGGACGCGACGCUUACGUGGAGUGCGAACACCCGAAUAACUCGCUGUACACGUUCACGGGGAACCUGGACGUCCCCGAGAAGAUCUCUCUGGUUCCGUCCAACAUCCUCCUCCGAGGCAGCUCGCUCAGGAACACCGAGUGGGUCAUCGGUCUGGCCAUUUACACGGGGCAUGACACCAAAAUUAUGGCAAGUGCUUCCAGCGCGGCUCCGUCGAAGCGGUCCACCAUCGAAAAAGGGAUGGACAAGAUCGUCAUAUCCAUGCUCGGUUUGCUGUGCCUCAUGGGAACCAUCACGGGCAUCAUCUGCGGCUCGUGGAUCAAGAACGUGUCCCCCAAGCACUGGUACAUGGACACCAGCGAUACGGAUAUGGUGUUUGACCCAAAGAACGCCCCCAAGGUGGGCGUCGUCGCGUUCCUCACCUCGUACGUCCUGUACGGCUACCUCAUACCCAUCUCCCUGUACGUCUCGCUCGAGUUCGUCAAGGUGUGCCAGGCGAUGGUGUUUUUGAACAGCGACCGGCAGAUGUACCACGAGGAGACGGACACGCCGAUGCGAGCGCGGACCAGCAAUCUCAACGAGGAGCUCGGCAUGGUUCACACGGUGCUCUCGGACAAGACCGGGACGCUCACGUGCAACAGCAUGGAGUUCUUCAAGUGCUCCAUCGCGGGCGUUAGCUACGGCGAGGGCGUUACGGAGAUCGAGCGGUCCAUCGCGAAGCGACAGGGCCGACCCAUUCUCACCAAGCCCACAAAGCCGAUUGAGCCGGGUUUCAACUUCAAGGACGCGAGGCUCGAGGGCGACAAGUGGCGGUCCCUGCCGGACGCCGAACACAUCCGGGACUUCUUCCGCAUCCUUGGCGUGUGUCACACCGUCAUACCCGAGGGCGAGGCCACGAGGGAGACCAUAUGCUACCAGGCGGAGUCCCCCGACGAGAGCGCUUUCGUCGUCGCCGCGAAACGGUUUGGUUUUUUUUUCAAGAGCCGCACCACCAGCGGCAUGGAGCUCGAGGAACCCUCUUUUCCCAGCAGCGGCGAGAUGAGCACGGUCCACUACGAGCUGCUCAACGUGCUCGAGUUCAACUCCACGCGCAAGCGCAUGAGCGUCAUCGUUCGCACCCCCGAGGACAAGAUCAUGCUCUACUGCAAGGGAGCCGAUUCCGUCAUCUACGAUCGGCUCUCCCACGGGAACCAAAAGUACACCGACGUGACCCAGCAGCACAUGGACGAGUACGCCAAGUGCGGCCUACGAACGUUGUGCCUGUCCGUCAGGGAGAUUUCCCAGUCGGAGUACGACGCGUGGAAUGUCACGUACACUGAGGCUGCGCAGAGCCUGGAGAAGCGAGACGAGAAACUUCAGGCGGCGGCGGAGAUCAUCGAGAAGGACCUCUUCCUCGUUGGCGCCACGGCCAUCGAGGACAAGCUCCAGGACGGAGUGCCGGGCACGAUCGAGCAGAUGAUGCGCGGAGGCAUCGCGGUGUGGGUGCUCACCGGCGACAAGCAGGACACGGCGAUUAACAUCGCGCAGGCGUGCGCUCUGAUCCGGGACGACAUGGACGUUCACAUCGUGAACAUCGAGGAGCUGGUGAAGCAGGAGCACGACAGGGAGAUCACCCGCGCCCAGUUCAACGAGCAGGGUAAGGUGCAGGUGGCGGCCCUUAUCGAGGAGGGCAUCGAGAAGGAGGCUGCGACCGCGAAGAAGGGGAUGGAAACCUGCCUGGUCAUCGACGGCCGUUCUCUGUCAUUCGCCCUGGAGCAGGAUCUGGCGCCAAGAUUCCUGCAGCUCGGCAGCGGGUGCACGUCCGUCGUGUGCUGCCGCGUGUCCCCGCUGCAGAAGGCGCUCGUGACCAAGCUGGUCAAAGACAGCGGUAAGAUCACGCUGGCCAUCGGCGACGGCGCCAACGACGUGGGCAUGAUCCAGUCAGCGCACAUCGGCGUCGGCAUCUCGGGUCAGGAGGGGAUGCAGGCGGUCAUGGCCUCGGACUUUGCGUUCGCGCAGUUCAGGUUCCUGGAGCGGCUCCUGCUGGUGCACGGGAGGUACAACUAUAAGCGGAUCAGCAAGAUGGUGACGUACUUCUUCUACAAGAACCUGGCCUUUGGCCUGACUCUGUUCAUGUACAACCUCCACGCCGCGGCUUCCGGACAGGUUGUGUACAAUGACUGGCUCAUGUCCGCGUUUAACAUCUUCUUCGUCGCGUUCCCGGUCAUCGCGCUGGGUAUCUUGGACCAGGACGUGAAUCAGCGAUCGUGCCUGCAGUUCCCUCAGCUGUACAGGCAGGGCCAGCAGAACGCGUGCUUCGAGCGCAGGGUGCAGUUGGGUUGGGCGCUGAACGGCGUUUACAUCGGCAUGGUGACGUUCUUUGUGGUGUUCUACGCGGUGCACGGCGGCGAGGCGGACCACCCCAAGGGCCACGUGUUUGGCCUGUGGGAGGUUGGCACGUCCCUGUACACGGGCAUCGUCAUCACCAUCAACCUGCAGAUGGCUCAGAUGAUCAACUUUUGGACGUGGAUCCAGCACGUAUGCAUUUGGGGAUCCAUCGCGUUCUGGUACAUCGCCAACUGCAUCCUCAGCAACACCGACCCGUACCUGUCCACGUACUCGUACAAGAUAUUCAUACCCACCAUCGCGCCCACCCCAAAGUUCUGGAUGGCGACGCCGCUCAUCGUGGUCAUCGGGCUGCUCCCGGACCUCCUCUACAGGACGUUGCGGCGGCUAUUCCGACCCGAGCCGCACCAGCUCGUGCAGGAGUACGAACGGACGGUGCGGGGCACGACGCCCAGGAGCUCGGCGGCAAACACCCCGAUGGACACGCCGAGGCACGGCAGCAGGUACGGAAGCAGCGCGGUGUUGGCCGAGGAGGGACGGAUCGAGGUGGACGAGCCCGAGGAAGGCGAGGAAAAUAUCGAGCCCGAUGAACCCGCCGAGCUCGAUGAACCCGCCGAGCCCGAGGAGCCCGACCCGAAUGAGGUUGAGCGCUCGGACGAGGAGGCGCCGCCGAGGGAGGCGGAGGAAGAGAAGAAGGCGGACGAAUCAGCGUAG